ACACCCAAAGAAAAUGCUGAGGGCAUGCAAUUCACUUUAGAGAAUUGUGUGCUGUAGUAUUUUCUUUGGGUGCGGUCCUUUUGCAGCGGAGCACAGAUCUCCGCCUGUGGAGAGGAGGAAGAAGAGAUUGCGUCAACUAUACAUUUUUUCACUUUGGCUGUCACAGGACACUUUUUUAUUUGAGAAGACAGACGUGGUAAAGAUAGGAGUAAAUAUUGAACAGUGACCUUCAAAAGGAAAUUGCAAUAACACUUAAAUUAAAUUUGAAUUUAGAGUAGUGGCCACAUAAAAUAAAGAGGAAGUAUCAAGGUAUUGCCCCAAUGUACAACAAUACUUGUACAGCCAGUUUUAUUAACAAGGAAAUAGUAACUUAAAUGCAGAUACGCCUACUGUCACACAAACUGAGAAGUCAGAUCCAAGACAACAGCAAAUCAUUGCACCUCCACUUAAACAUAAAGAGGACAUUUGAACCAAACAGACUGUGAGAGAUACUUGUUUUAUUUGAUUAGCCACGACAGCAGAGGCCUCAUAUUGACUUAAAACAAACAUUCAAAUGCAAUUUUGGACAGAACGAGGGCUGUGGACUUCCUGAAACUUGCCUUUAAUUGCUCAGUACAGCAAGAACAAUAACAAGAUGAUGAAGAUGUCAGGAAGAGUCACAAGUUGCUGUGUAGCUGUAAUCUUCGCCCUGACCUCUGUGUCAGCUGUACAAAGGCUCAAUUCAAUCAAUGAUUUGAAGAAAAUCAACUUUGGCCAAGAUGUGCCCAAGCACAGUCUUAUUCUGCUCUACUGGUUUGCCAACACAGUUGAUAUUGACGAUAAUGAUGACAUAUGGCUGACCUUUGACCCAGACAAUAGAGCUUAUGGCUCACAUUAUUAUAGUAACUUUGAGAAACUGUUGGACCCACUGCCUUGGGGAAAUGGAUACCAGUACUACACUGUUGGCAGUCUCAAUCAAGAUCCCUCAACACAACUUCCAUCUUAUGUUGUCCGUCCUCCGAGCACAGAGUACGUGGGAAGAAACAGUGACAGAAUCAUCAUUCGUGUCAGAGAGCAGAACACAGGGUGGAGACGUUUUCCAAGGAUAGACCAGGUGUAUAUCACACAGCAUCAACACAAUCAGGGGGCAUAUGAUCCAGAACACACCUACCAGAUCACUAUUAAUCUCUUGAGACAAAUCAGAGAGUUUUCUUUGGGACAAAACCAACAGCAACUGCAGUAUCUCAGAAACCGCUAUAGAAGUAACGCUGAUAUUUCCCACAUUAGAAACGCAUGGGGUAAACUUGCUUGCCUUGGACUGCUGUUGUUUAUUGUGAUCCAAGAUAGGUUCAUAUUUACCCCACAAUGCAAGAGAACAGAAAACUACAGACAGGAAAACUACAACAGACAAGAAAACUACUACAGACAGGAAAACUACUACAGACCGCAAUACAACUACACUCCAGAAAACAGACACAGUGGUUGGGAUGAAGAUGCUAUGGGGACUUGCUGUAUUAUUUUUUUUCUUUUAUUUUGUUUAUUUAUUUUUGGAUUUUUUAUUACCAUUAGAAAGUAGCUGAUAAAAAUGAGGCAGUACUGCUGGGCAAAAUGGAGAAAAUCAUAAUGAUAUUUUGAUCACAUACCUAUAUUGAUAUUGUGACGAUACUGUAGGGUUGACUUUUCACCAUGUAUGUGCACUUUCACAAAGCAUUUACACAAUGAGACUUUUGAUAAAUAAUCAUCAGUAAUGUAGAUAUAAUGGCUAAGUGGGUAAAUGUGAAUAAUUAAAUGGCUAGAACAAUCUGUUAAAUUCAGAAAAUUACAUCACUAUGCUGUAAAGCAGCUUUUAAAUCCUGGAAAAGACCAUAUUUAUGUUAUACUAUAAUAUUCAAAAUCCACUAGUCUCAUACUACAACAUCAAAAUAAUAUCAAUGUUUUGCCGGGCCCUUUAAGGAAAAGUAAAAGAUAUGGUUUCAACCAAGGUGUGAUGGCUUAGUUUUGCAUUCAUGGGUGUCAUUUUAUUAUGUAGUAUAUUAUCUUUAUUGUAAAUGGUGUUUAGUUAAGAUUGGGAUAUAAGCUUGGGAUAACAUGCGGUAAUAAAAAGGCAAAUACUAUAGUAACAUGUCAAACUAUGUGCUGUCUCCAGAACAUCUGGGAUUUCAUAGCUGUAUUUACAAAAUGUGCUUUAUAAAAAAAGCCUCCACUGAUAAUGUAUUAGCUUUAAAAAAAAAAUCAGGAGUGUAUUUCAUUUAAGGUUUUGUAUUCUUGUGUGGUGUUGGAAAUUGUGUAUUUUUUUUGUGUGUGUGUUUUUAUUAAACUCUCAGU